AUGGCUUUGAAUAUAACCUUAUCGGGUGUCGGGAACGAUGCAAGGGAGCCCAUCGAAAGACCGUCUGGAUGUAUCUCCGUUGCCAGGACUCCAAAUCCAGUGAAUAAAACCGAGACACUUUCACCAGUCCUGUCGGACCAACUGAAGUUGGACAUUUUUGUGAUCAGAAAUACAUUCCAUGAACCCCAGAAGAUCCUAUCCUACAAGGGAUUACUUGACUGGCUUUCCAAGAGAGAGUCGUAUUCAAUAAAGUACUGUACAAAUGAUAUAUAUUCCCAACUUACCGACGCACCUUCUGAUGCUCAGUUGGCGAACAGCACGCAAGGCCAGGAAGGAAAUGCCGAGAAUAUUACGUCUCCUUAUGCCCGAAAACUCCAAUCGCUUCUCGGCAUACUAUUUUGUUGCAUCCUGGCCGUUUGUUUACUAACCGCGCUACUUCUACGCAUUCGUGGCUUACAUGCUUCGUUGUCACUUCCUGGACUGAACGCUGCAGGAGUCAUCAUCAUCAUCGACAGCAUGACAUCAGUGUUCAACACCGAUGCUUCACUGCCGAGUUGCAUUGUCCGUCGGCUGGCCUCGAUGCGAACGCAAAGGCUAUACCGAGAAUCCGCUAUUCGAGUGCACUUCCCCUAUGACGUGGGUGACACCGAAUGCUAUGUGAAACCUCCCGUACCCAGUGUGACGUUCGGGAGUAACGUGUACCCAGUGGAUUCCAGAGUACGCAAUGGUCAUGGUCCAACAGGUGGCCGCUAUGGAAAAAGGGGCAUCCAAACAGGCCAUUCGUUGCAUGAUUUGAAUUAUUUGGAGCGAAAGCGCUUGAACGCGCUCAUGCAAAUGGGACCUCUUUCACAGCAGGAGCAAGCGGUUGUUCAUUCGACACCUAAAGAGCGAUUGAGCAACGGAUGCGUUCGGACAGUUCCAGCCUCACGCCAUGCACACUUUGCUCAGGACUCCCAUAGAACUGGUACUACUCGAACUUUGCACCCUUCCACCCUGACCGUUCAUCGAUGCGAUAUUAGCUGGACACCAAAAUGUCUGUCGGGAAUCAGGUGUUCUUUUGCGUGUGAUACUUUCGGCUGCUUUUUCCGAAACUUCAAAAGGCUUUCUUUUAAGUUUUAUCUAUAUCGUUCGGCUGUAACACACAGUUGGCGCCUAGCUGCCGUGCCAUCCGAAGAGAGCACGAGGGCUGGGAUACUGCCAGGUUGCCCAAGCCUAGACAGGGGAAGUCGAGAGGCAGAGGUCGGAUUCGAACCACGGACCCUCCGAUACAGUGUGUUCAUCAAGAAAAAUGAGGAGCUGUUGGAUUUCUCUGCCAUAUUUUCCCUGCUUCGGAGUUCCUUUUCGACAAAUGAGGGCGAGGUUUCAAAAUAG